AGCUUUAUUUUGCUCCUCCCCACAGGCAUGCUGGAAGACGGGAAGAAGUUUGACUCGUCUCGUGACCGGGGCAAGCCGUUCAAGUUCGUGAUGGGCAAACAGGAAGUCAUCCGCGGCUGGGAAGAAGGGGUCGCCCAGAUGAGUGUCGGCCAGAGAGCCAAGAUGAUAAUAUCUCCAGAUUAUGCGUACGGGCACACCGGUCACCCUGGUAUCAUCCCACCAAACGCCACCCUAAUUUUUGACGUGGAGCUUGUAAAGCUGGAAUGACCGAGAGGCCUCCGUCCUCCCAUUUCCCUGCUCUGGGGUUCGGCACACGGAGAAUUCCCAGAGUCCUUCGCUUUGAGAUGAACGCACACCAAUUUGUAUGGAGCUUUCCCGGCUACCCGCCACUCUCUCGGUGUCGCACCUCCGCCCCGAUUUGAAUGUUUCUGAGCCGCUUCCUCAUUUUCCUCCGUUCUCCUUUGACGGUUUUUUUUGAACCCGAUGCAAAAAACACGGCCCCUUUAAGACGGGAGGACUUCGACUCCCAGAAUUCCUCAGCCCGCAACGCUGGCUGAGGAAUUCUGGGAGUCGACGUCCGCCCGUCCUAACGGGGCCAUGUUUGUGGACUCCCCUGCUCUGUGCUUAUAAACCUCAGCUAUUAUUUUUUGUGGGGGUGGGUGGGUUGUGUGUUGGGAAGGGGGGAGUGGGGGAACAAUCAAUGUCCUUGAUCGAUUAUUAUUAUUAUCUUAUUAUUUGAGGGUUUUUUGGGGGUGUAGGCUUGAGUUGUGUACAAUUGAGGCGUUCUAGUCGGCAUCUCCCCUUCUAUACAAAUCUCUUUUUUUUUUUCCCCCCCUGCAAGAAUCACGUUAAAAUCCAUUUGCUUCUGGAAGCUCCUGCCAAGCUGUUGGAGGGGCUUUAGAGAGGGGAAAUCCCCCCUCCCCAUCAGCCCUAGUCCUCCCCCACAUAUUCUCCCAAAAUCGCUUCCAUUCAAAGGGGAAAGAGGGUUUCUCGCCACGAGAACAGAUCCGCGGCUUUUAAACUCGAUUUUUUUUCCCUCCCCUCCCCUGGAGAUUUUUUUUUUAACUUCCAGCAGUCCGACGACGAGCGAAACUCAAGUCCUGCUGUUCGCCGUAAAGUGAGGAAGAGCGGGGGGGGGGAACAUCCUGUCUUUCCUCAUCCCACCGACCCCCCCAAAAUCCCCGUAAGUUCUCUAUGGAAAACUGAUGCUGGUCGUCUGCAGCUCUUGCGACCCCCUCCCCUUACGCCCCCCCACUCCAUGUGCCAUCCCUUCUUUCGACGGUCCCCACCCCACCCCCUCCGCUCCCCACCGUCGUGAGUUUUGGUAAGAGAAUCGCCACUGCCCUCUUCUUUUCCCCCAGUCCACAAUCCUCCUCUUCCUCAUCAUCAUCAUGUGAAAGUAUAGAGUUUUAUUACUGCAAUAAAAAUGCUUUAUGCUG